UCAGGCGCUGGCCCGCAACUGCGCGGGGAGACCCGACUUCCAGCCCUGCGCCGGGCGCUCGCUCUGCGCCACCCACAGCCACGGCCGCUGCUUCCGCCUGCACUGGUGCUGCCACCUGGGCUGGUGCCACUGGUCCUAAAGAUACACCUCAGGAUUUCUUGGUACUUGCCUUGGAUUUGUGACAGGAAGUACAGCUUGCAUCACAGGAAGUUGAUUCCACUCUGAAGUACAACCCACUCCUCGUGCAAAAUAUGUUCCUUCUUUCAGUCUCCAGUGGGCUGCAGAAUAACAACAUUCAGACUUUAUAGUCUCUUCAUCUGUGGCUGAACUAUCUCCGAGAUGGCUCAGUCACAGGUAAAGCUCUUUUGGAGAAACUAAAUAUUGUAACUGGCAGGAAAAGAGAAAAACACAAAGUAGCAAGAGAGGCACGAGGAAAAGCUGCAGACCCAAUGUAGUACAACAGGCCUUUGUUGUUGGUGAGCCAGAGACUGACGAGAUAGCAGCACCAAUUUAAAAAAAAAUAACUUGUGUCAGCAACUUAAUGGAUGAGAUUGGAGAAUUGAAAAGAAGCCUAGCAGAAGUAAGAGCUACAAGUGGAGAUUGCUGUUAUCAAGCUGGUUCUGAAGGUACCCGUCAUGACAGAAGGAGACCGCUCCAAUCCAUCCCACAGAAAGCUCUUCAGAGGUAAAUAUGUCUAUCAGCCAAUGACUCCUGUGGAACAGCUUCCAAGCACUGAAAUACCUAUCCAACCUAGGGAAUCCACAAACACCAUUCAGAUCUCGGUCUCACUCACUGAACACUUCUUGAAGUUUGCACCUGUCUUCCAGCUGCCGUUACCCCCUGACUCCCCACGAUACUGCACAAUUUCCGACCUCUUUAUCGACAAUUAUCGUGUGAAAUGCAUCAAUGGGAAGAUGUGCUAUGUCCAGCGGCAGCCUCCCGCUGCGCCACAUAAAAUGAAGCCUGAGGAGCUUGCUGUUCGCAAUGCCUUAAUUUCAAAAGAGAACAAUAAACCAAAAAUAGAUCACUGCUCUUCCCCUUCCAGCUCCGAGGACUCUGGGAUCAAUGCUGUUGGGGUUCCCUUUAUGGAGUCGUGUGAUGAGGACACUGAGGAGGGGGCAGAGCUAAGUUCUGAAGAAGAUUAUAAUCCAGACAGCAGUUGGGAGCCAGACGAAUGCCCCCUUCUGUCACCCUCACAGUGUGAACUGGAAGUGAUCGAGACUAUAGAAACCACCGUGUGACAUGCCGUGUUAGAAUCAGUCCCACAUACACUAACCAAUAUUGCUUUUAUAGCAUUUAUAUUUGCUUUCUUUCUGACAAGUCCUUUUUUCCAGUGCACUUGACUUUUCAACCUCCUCACAGAAGAGCAGUAACAAGACUUGCACAUCAAUGAGUUAGUUAUUUGAAUAACUAAUUCUACCAAUUAAUUUUAAUGUGCUCCCUCACUAAUCGGAACUCACAUUUCUACAUUUAAGCGAUGAUAAAAAAAUUAUAUGGCUUUUAUGACAAAGUGGGCCUUAUCUUAGUCUGGGUCGCUUCCUUUGCAGUUAAUUGUAACAAGAAUUGCACCCUCCUGCUGUUUUCUUCUAUCGGGACAUUUAUGAUGUACUUUCACAGCACAGGGGUAUUACAAAGCAGCAUGGGGAAGGUUAUGCAGUUGGCCUGAUGGCCGAGAAGUCUUUAUUCUCUCCUUCUGUCACACAAACGCAUACAUCUAUGCCCAGUUUGGAGAUCCGAGGUACUUCCUCUGUCCUCCUGCCAAAGGCUCCCCCAAUAUCUGCACUGGAGAAAGGGGUGUGCUGUGAUUCCUUUCAAACCCUAUCCGUUCCCCCUCUUGCAGCUGGUGAGAGAGCAGUGCAAAGUGCCUCCUACCCUCUUCCAGGCUAUGCAUAAUUCAUCCACAAUAGCUAAGCUCCUGCUAACUUAAAAGCCAGGGACUGAGCUAAACUCCACUGAUGAGUGAAUUGUUUUGCUGCCAAUAUAUCAUUGAGCCAGAGCCAGCCAUUCUUUUUGUGACUUAAACAAAAAAGAACGGCGCUAGUUUUUGUUUGUUUUUAUUUUAAGUGGAGAUUUCGGUUGUAAAAAAGGCCACUUCGGAUUUAGCUGUGAAGUGACAGCUAAAGGAGAGAGAACUCAAUCAGAAAUGGUUCCAAAAUAACACGAAUGUUCUGUGAAGAACCAUCCUGCAUUGAAAGGAGGGGUGGGAUAGAUGAACAAAUAGUUCAGUUCUGCCCUUUAUCCGUCUGAAUAUUUGCAUCAUCUUUGGUUUGAUUAGGGUUUAGUUUAAUUAGUCCAAACUGUUGCCAUUGCUAAGACCAGGUCUGAAUCUGACUUUAAGACAAAUGCUAAAGACAACAGAUUGGGAUGAAGAGUUGCAGGACAGAAAAUGAUAAAUUGGUCUAACACUUUUCCUCAAGCCCUUCUUUCUGAUUUGAUCUCCUAAGUGUGUUUAUGCUAUUUCCUCCAAAUUUAAAUGUAUUAGCACUGAUUAGAUGAAAAUCUUGAUAAACAAGGAUUAUCUACCUUAACUAAGAUUUUAAAGUCCCAAUGUACAUGUAUUUGUUAUAGAGUUGUUAAACAAUACUGGAUUACAGUUACCAAUAGUCAUGCUAUUAAGAAAUACAUGUCUGUGACACCUUAGUUUGUCUGUGUGCAUUUUAGCUGGAGAAUGAUGGAUUCUAAAUCACACUUAAGCAAGAUGGUAAAAUAAACAUUUUUCUGACAUGCUUCAGUCCCUUGAUAACCUCUAAAUGUAUUGUUGUUCUUUGACAAGUUCUGUAUGACUGAACCAGUUAGGUACAGUCGUAAUAACAGUUCUGUUUUCUGACUGUAAACAUAGCCUUGCUGUAAUUCUUUUGUUUGCUAUUUACUUUUCAAAAUUAUUGGAGAGAAUAAGGAUAUAUAAACGUACAGAUUUAGUUAUCAGUACUAGAAUCUCUUACUCUAUGUUGUAGAAUGGAAAAAUCUUUACCACUGUAUCCUGACUUAUUGGUAAUUUUUAUAUACUUUGUAAUCGACACCUUUAGAAAAUAUUUAGACUACAGUGUGUGUGGUAGGAAUUUAACAUGAAUUGUUAUAUAAAGUAACGUACUUUUUGACUAAAAUAACACUUUGAGAGGAGAAAUAAUAGGUUUUAUAAUUUUGAUGAAGUAUAUAAACAGUGCAGUGCUUGUUAAACAGAUGAGGAAUUCGGCCCAUGUGCAUGAGCAGAUACAGUCUUACCAGGCACUUCAAGAAACAUGCUGUUUGGUUGACAUUUAAAGGAAGAUUAUAGAAAAAGCUAUUUAAAUGGGAUUUUUUUUUUUAAUAUGGGAUUUACCUUUCUUGGGUAACCAGGGUUUUUACUUUGGUGGUGGUCUGUCUUAAGCAUUCUCAUGAGUUUCAUAGGUAGAAGAAAACAUUAAUUUAAUUAAUGCUAUUGAAUUUGUAUUAUAAUCCUUCAAAUGUCAUUUGAGACUCUGAAGAAUCUGAAAAUCUGUCAUCUUGUGGCCUGCCUGGCUGAUUUAGCCCCCUGGAGGGGUUCUUCCUGUUGAUGACUAAGUGUAUUUUCAGGGAUCUAACAUUGUCAGAGGGGCCCUACUGGAGAGAACAGUGGAAAUAAUUACAAAUUAUAUUUUGGUGUAGAAACAGAAUAUUGAAAAGGUAACCCGAGACCUCAGUAAUCUGAAGGGGGAGACAUCCCUUCUUCCUUUGAACUUACGCAAACACGCCUGCUGUCAGCAGGGCUAUAAUAGUGUCUAGUGAAAAUUAUUUGGGUAGUCAUGACUAAGAUUAACUUAAUAUCCUCUGGUGACACAGAUUCCAUAUCAUCAUUGUGUCAGGAUACAUUUCCUUCCAAACUGUUAGUAAUUACUGUGUUUGUCUCUUUACCAUGAUCUCUUUAAAAGUCUUAAGCACAAUGGGCUAAAUCCUAACUUGUAUUACACCCUAUAGAACCCCAUGGAUUUUAGUGGAGUGCUUAGGGAUAGGGAAGGGCAAGAUUUGGGCAAAUGUUUUAACAGCUAAUUCUAUAAUACAUUUCUCAAAUUUAUGUUCAGUUCUUGAACCAGACUCUGAACAGAUCGCUCUGUGUGUACUACUUCAGAAAAAUACUACUUUCUUAAAUAAAUGUGAUUUGUUUUCUUUUGCACAAGCACAGACUUAGGUAGAUUUCUUUUACAGAAUACCUUUCUGAUAUCAAAGUUAUAUGUUCUAAUUUGAGUAACUGAGGAGUGUCCUAUUUCAGGUGUAUGUAUUUCCUCUUUAAUAAAAUACUAAACCAUUGAAGCACA